AUGAAGAAGACAUUACUUUUAGUUUUCAUCCACGGGUUCAAGGGGGGUGACGACACCUUUGGCGACAAGGAGGGCUUCACGGCGCAACUGCGCGCAGACCUCGCCGCUGCCCUGCCCAAGAUCAACGUCAACGUCCUCGUUUAUCCCAAGUAUGAGACGCGUGGCGAUUUGGGAGACUGCGUGAGCCGGUUCCGCGACUGGCUCCUGGAAAAGGUCAUCGACCUGGAAGUUGCAAACGGCACCUCGUCACCGACGGUCGACCCCUCGGUGCGGGUAGUCCUAGCGGGACACUCCAUGGGUGGUAUUGUCGCCGCCGAGACCGUCAUCGGUCUCACGUCAGAGAAGCCAAUCUACUCAGAGGACGGCGUCGAAAAGGCCGCCGACUCCUCCACCGCCACCUUCAACAGCCUGAUGUUCCCCUACAUCCAGGGCGUCAUCGCCUUCGACACCCCGUAUCUCGGCAUCUCCCCGGGCGUCGUCGCCCAUGGCGCCGAAGGCCAUUACAACACGGCCAACGCCGCCAUGACGCAGCUUAGCGGCCUCGGCACGGCGCUAUGGGGCGCGAAACAGGCCGCGUCCCCGUCCCCAUCGAGAAACAAGGCUCCCGUCGCCGCGCUCCCCUCUCCGCCGGCGAACUCCUCACAGCAAGGCGGCGGCGGCGGCGGGUGGGGCUGGGGCAAGAUCGCCAUGGUGGCCGGCAGCGCGGCGGCCGUGGCGGCGAGCGCGGGCGCAGCGUACUACAACCGCGAGCACAUAACGCAGGGGCUGACGUGGGCGACGUCGCACCUCGAGUUCGUGGGCUGCCUGGCCAAAGGCGCGGAGCUGCAGAAGAGGGUGCAAUACAUGGUCAAGCUCAACGCGGAGCUCGAUGUCGGCUUCGCCAAUCUGUACACCCGCCUCGGCAAGGCCGCAGGGUCCAAGGAGGUCAGCGUCGUCGGCACGGUGCUCGGCGGGGACCGGACGUUUUGCAACCUGCCCAAGAGGGACAAUGGCGGGAUUUGGAAGCAGGCUGUCAACGACGUUGCUACGGAGGAGACGCAGGCGCACAUGAACAUGUUCGAGCCUAAGAUGAACCCUGGGUACGAGAAGCUCAAGGAGGAUGCGGUUAUUACGAUCGCCCAGUGGACGCGGAACGAGUGGUACGAGUCCAGCGGUGAGGACAAGCUCGCCAUCAAGGAGGCGGGCGAGACUGCUACCGCUUGA